CUCGAUAUUAAUUUUGUUACAGUUGAACUGCAAAGUAUCUACAAUUAUGUCGAACAUUAUUUUUAAAUUCACAAGUUUUGCUGCUGUGUUUCUGGGUUGUAUAUCAUAUAUAGAGGCUCAAUUAGAUAGUUAUUACAAUUUAACAGUAACUGAUAUAAAAGAAAAAUGUAAAAAUAAUGUUGUAGAUUUAAAUGAAUUAAAUGUAAUUCAUAACGACAUAGAAAAUUUUUUUUUUGAUGAAAAUACAAAUGAAUUAUCGAUUGAGGAUGCUUUUGAGACUAACGACAAUUGUAUGGACAGUAUAAAUAUUACAAGUAUACUUCAAAGUGAAUUGAAAAUUAUAAAAAAAUGUCUUAAAGGAAAUAUUUCUAUAUUAGACGAAGAUAUCGAAAUUUUAAUUCGUCAAAGUAUAAAAAAAUUAUGUGCUUUCACUCGACUUUCACUGUUUCAAAGGAGUCUUAGCACUUGUAUUGAUUGGGAUCGCAAAAUAGAGUGUGUAAAUAAUGUACUUAAAUCAGGGAAUAUUUCACCUGAAGAAUUAGAAAAUAGUGGAGAAUUUGCUAAUUUAGGAUUGAAAUAUUCUCCAAAAGGACGAAAGAUAUGGGAUGAUUUGUUAGACUGCUCAUCAUAUGCAAUUCAAAUGUGUGAGGAUGAACAGAAAAACACGUUUUUGGAACUGACUUCGCGAAUGAAGGAUUUACUAAAAGUUAGAAAUUAAACUUUUUGAAAUGUAAAAAAAUUACAUCAACAAAUAUUCCUUCAAACUAAAUUUUUAUUUAAGGCACAAAAUGUUAAAAAUGCUAUUACUUUUUCUAUUAGUUUAGAGAUUAAUUUUGUUAUGAAAUAGAAAAAAACAAUUUGUAAUAACAAAAGCAGUAAUAAAGAAACCUAUUUCUUUUUAAAAAAUUGUCAGACGUUUUGGUUCAUGUGGGAGCCUUUAUCUUAACCUUUAGGAUUUCAAAGAGAUAAGAAACUAUUUGUAAAUUCUA